CACGGAGAGACUCGGCGCGCACCGAUGACGUAAAGGGCACUUCUUCUCAUGACAACACAGGCGCUGCAGGCUGGAGCAUCUACAGGCGCCUGAAACAGCACAGUCAUGAACUGGAACAAAGGUGGUCCGGGUAUCAAGCGAGGGUUUGGGUUUGGAGGAUUUUCUCUUGCAGGGAAAAAAGAAGAAGCCCCCGCCGUCCCUGACAAAUCUCAAACAUCGUUUGGACCCCCAGGAUCAAGUGGGGGAUAUGGGAAGAACCAGCAGCUCCCGUCAUUCUAUAAAAUAGGGACCAAAAGAGCGAAUUUUGAUGAGGAAAAUGCGUAUUUUGAAGAUGAUGAAGAGGAUUCCAGCAGCAAUGUUGAUCUACCAUAUAUACCUGCAGAGAAUUCGCCCACACGGCAGCAAAUGCAGUCUGGUGGUGGCGGCGGCUCAGACAGUGAGGAUGACCCACUGGAUGCCUUCAUGGCAGAGGUUGAGAAUCAAGCAGCGAAAGACAUGAGGAAACUAGAGGAAAAGGAAAAAGAGAAAAAGUCAGCCAAGGGUAUUCGCGAUGACAUUGAAGAAGAAGAUGAACAAGAAGCCUACUUCCGCUACAUGGCAGAGAAUCCCACAGCCGGCCUGACCCUGGAGGAAGAGGAUGAAAACAUUGAUUAUGACAGUGACGGGAACCCAAUUGCCCCCACCACCAAGAAAAUCAUCUUGCCCCUUCCUCCUAUUGACCACACUGAGAUUGAUUAUCCACCAUUUGAGAAAAACUUCUACAUUGAGCACGAGGAGCUAAUCAACCUGACUGGAAUUCAAGUGGUGGAACUAAGGCAGAAACUAAACUUGCGAGUAUCUGGUGCUGCCCCUCCAAAACCCUCGACCAGCUUUGCCCACUUCACCUUUGAUGAGCAGCUAAUGCACCAAAUCCGCAAGUCUGAGUUCACUCAGCCCACACCAAUUCAGUGCCAGGGUGUGCCUAUAGCUGUGUCUGGACGUGACAUGAUUGGUAUUGCAAAAACUGGCAGUGGUAAAACUGCAGCUUUUAUUUGGCCAAUGCUGGUUCAUAUCAUGGACCAGAAGGAGUUGGAAGCAGGAGAAGGGCCCAUCGCAGUUAUCGUGUGUCCCACCAGAGAACUUUGUCAGCAGAUCCACGCAGAAUGUAAACGCUUUGGGAAAGCCUACUCAUUGCGUUCUGUGGCAGUCUAUGGAGGAGGAAGCAUGUGGGAGCAAGCCAAGGCUCUGCAGGAGGGGGCAGAGAUCGUGGUGUGCACUCCGGGUCGUCUGAUUGACCACGUAAAAAAGAAGGCCACGUCCCUGCAGAGAGUGACCUACCUGGUGUUUGACGAGGCUGAUCGCAUGUUUGAUAUGGGCUUUGAAUAUCAGGUUAGGUCUAUUGCUAGCCAUGUCCGCCCUGACAGACAGACUCUUUUGUUCAGUGCUACUUUUCGAAAGAAGAUCGAAAGGCUGGCCAGAGACAUCUUGACAGAUCCUAUCCGUGUGGUGCAGGGAGACAUCGGAGAGGCCAAUGAGGAUGUGACCCAGGUCGUGGAGAUGCUGCACAGUGGGACAGAAAAAUGGGCCUGGCUGAUCCGGCGGCUCGUAGAGUUUACCUCCUCUGGCUCUGUCCUUAUCUUCGUUACCAAGAAGGCAAACUGUGAAGAACUGGCCACUAACCUGACGCAGGAGGGCUACAGCAUUGGCCUCCUGCAUGGAGAUAUGGACCAGAGUGAGAGGAACAAGGUCAUCAGUGACUUCAAGAAGAAGAACUUGCCCGUUCUGGUGGCCACUGAUGUGGCUGCGCGUGGUCUGGACAUUCCUUCCAUUCGCACAGUGGUGAACUACGAUGUGGCACGAGACAUCGACACACACACGCACAGGAUCGGUCGAACAGGUCGUGCUGGAGAGAAGGGUGUAGCUUACACUCUCCUUACCAACAAAGACACUACAUUCGCUGGAGACCUUGUGCGAAAUCUGGAGGGAGCGAAUCAAUCCGUUACUAAAGAACUGAUGGAUUUAGCCAUGCAGAAUCCAUGGUUUAGGAAAUCCAGAUUCAAGGGGGGUAAAGGGAAGAGGCCGAACAUUGGAGGAGGUGGUCUUGGUUACAGAGAGAGACCAGGCUUGGGGGCUGAAAGUUCUGAGCGUGGCAGCAGCAGCUUGUUGUCUUCCACUAGCAGCUUUGAGGGCUACAGCAAACCAGCUACUGGGGCGAUGGGGGACCGCAUGUCUGCAAUGAAACAAGCCUUCCAGGCUCAGUAUAAAAGCCACUUUGUGGCAGCGUCCAGCGGCCCUCCUAAGCUCAGCACCAAGUCUAACAGCUCGUCAUGCUGGACCAGUGCUGGCAGUCUGAGCUCUGUGCCGACAGAGUCUGCUAAUGGCUCAGAGAGGUCCCACUGUGCCACCUUGUCAAUGUCAGGCUUCACCAGUGCAGGCACCCUGAGCUCAGUGCCCCCCAGUCUAACCAGUUCACAGCACAGCUUCCCUCAGCCUCAGCUUCCGCCUCCCCCUCCUCCUCCGCCUUCACCUCCCUCACAGAGAGACAGCUCACGGGACAGACACGUUGAAGACCGUGGGCGCCAUGGGGACAGUCACCACCGCCACAGUGACAGGAGCGACCGACACAGCAGUGAAGAUCGCCACAGCGACCGAGAUCGGCACGGAGACAGAGAUCGUGACCGCUACGGGGAGCGGGAGCGCCACAGCAGCAGCCGCCACAGCGACAGUCGUAACGGAGAUGGGAGCAGGAGGGAAAGAGAUGAUCGGAGGAGCGACCGAGACGUGGGAGACAGGGGGAGUGGGGAGGGGAGGGACAGGGGGGAAGAUGAUAGCUUUGCCGUUCCUGAUCCACCAAAACGUAGAAAGAGCAGGUGGGACAACUAACGGGGGAAAAAAUCAACACAUCAGUAGAAUAAUUCAUGCAACAACUGCUCCACGACAAGCUUGUCUGUGUAGGCAGAGAGCAGAGCAUAUCAGAGGCUGGUGCAGGCACAAGGCUCGAGGGGUACGUUUACUGACGCCAGUGUCAAUUUGGCCUCAACAGUGUGUCAGACAGAUCAACACAAGCAGCUCCGAGACAGCCACUGUACAUACACCAUCAAGACUGUUGUUAUUAUAAGUCAAUAGGAUCAAGCAAUAGAGCUGUAACGAAUCCUGUCAGUGAACAAUUCCAAAUUAGGGCGUGUUGGUUGUUGUCUUGUUUCUACUCACUGAGCCCCUAAUAUGCUUCUGUGCUUGCAAACCUGACAAAUUUUCUUUUCCUUUUUAAUGAAUCUUUGCCAAGUGUGUUUGUGUGUUUGCAUUUUCUUUUCUACAAAGCUAACUGUUAGAACCGUUUAAUUUUUUUCUAAGGCGCUCUGUGAUUACAAGUACAUUAAAAAAAAAACUAUCAGUAGCUCUUUUUGUGUCUUGUAUUCAAGUUUUAGUGAAGUGCCUUUCCCUGGCAUUUAGUCCGUCUGCUUUUGAAAUGUGUUUUCAGGAACGUUUGUUUGUAUGAGAGGGAUUACAAGUGUUCAAAUGGGAAGUUUUAAUUAAAAACACUUCUCUUUA